AUGCGGCUGCUAAAUGCUACAAAUCUCACCCUGGAGAAGUUCGACAAUGACACCAGCAUCCCGCCCUAUGCCAUCUUGUCCCACACUUGGGGCAAUGAUGAGAUAACCGCCCAGGAUGUACUCUCUGGCGAGCCCAGUCGCUUCAAGGACCGUGCAAGCUUCCAUAAAAUUCAGGGUUGCUGCCGCCAAGCUGUGCGUGAUGGCUUGAGCUACGUCUGGGUCGAUACAUGCUGCAUCGACAAGACUAGCAGCGCCGAGCUUUCCGAAGCCAUCAAUAGCAUGUUUCGCUGGUAUCUUGAAGCGGCAUUCUGCUAUGCUUAUCUUGCAGACGUGACUUCCCCUCUGGUCGACAAGUACGACACCGCGCCUACAACUGAAGGAUCUGGCCACGAUGGCAAAGUCGUCGCCACGUCCCCUUACCACAUAUACCAGACGUGUCGUUGGUUCACCAGAGGCUGGACCCUACAAGAGCUGAUCGCGCCUAGGGAGGUCAUCUUUUUCGACGCCAAGUGGCGCCGCAUCGGCAGCAAAUCCGAGGAUCUUUCUGCUAUAGAGAAGAUCACCGGCAUAGGUCGUCGUUUUCUGCAAGAUGUAGAAGAGCUACAGCGGGCUAGCGUGGCCCAACGGAUGAGCUGGGCCUCCAAGCGCCGUACGACUCGCCGCGAGGACCGCGCAUAUUGUCUGCUCGGCAUUUUUGGCAUCAACAUGCCGCUUCUCUACGGUGAAGGUGACCGAGCCUUUAUCCGCUUGCAAGAGGAGAUAAUGAAGGACUCGGAUGACCAGUCGUUGUUUGCGUGGGGACUGGGAAUCCCACUCGAUGACGGUGAUCAAGGCAACGGUGGUGGGUUGUUCGCCUACUCUCCCGAAGCCUUCCGAAGAGGCUCGUCCAUAUCAUUCUGGGGCCAGCUGUCUGCAGACAAACCUACACAUCAUUUCAUGACAAACAAGGGCCUUCGAAUCGAACUCCCUAUUCUUGCUGAGGGGCCUGACAACGAGACGGCAUACGCUAUACUCGAUUGUAUCAGUGAUAACAAGUUUGUCGCCAUCCCAAUAUCGCGCGCCUAUCAUAAUGACGUCUUCCAAAGAACUCGGGGUUGCGUACCAAGGACAGUGUCGCGUAAGACGCGGAAGCGCGCAGUGAACAAACUGCUUUACCUGCAAAAGGGCCUUGCGGGCAGUUCGCUCACCAUGUAUUUCAGUACCAUUACAGUGCAUACGCAGUCGCUACACAGAAACGGUUACAGGCUCAUCGACGUCUAUCCGCCGCACGCGGCUCUAAAGAUCCAGCCCGACUCGAUACAGUGUGGAGAUUCCCACCGUGUGCUUCUCCUCUUUGGCCAUAAAAGUCGACCACGUCGUAGGGCUGCUCUGCUCAUUACUGCCAAAUAUACUCAGGAACAGAACCAUCUCUCCCGCCCUCAGUUACAACAAGUCAGUAGUCAAAUUGCUGUGGGGCCUCGGCUUGGGAGCGUUGUCGAUUUGGUGCUCGAUAACGGGUUAUGGCACCUGGAGCGCAGUAUCCAGUUCGAUCGUCAGGUCGACAUCUAUGGGGACAUUUUCCAGACUCAUACUUACAAAAUAGAAGGCUCCGCCAGCUGGGGUGUGGAUGUCGACGUAGACCGACAGGCCUCGCUUGAAUCCAUCAGUCCUCCAUGGCACGAUCAGGACUCUGAAAGUGACGGCUUUGAGCACAUCUCCAUGGCUGCCAUUGCAUCGAUGUUCAACAACACGAACAGGGAUUUCCGACAGCGAGAGGCCUGGGUCCGGCGUCAGGAACGGACAAGAGAGCGCCGCGGUAGGACAACCACGGGGCUGGUAGUUGCAGCAACAAUUGGUGCACUGAUCGCCUUGUUAUGGGCAUACAUGAUUUCUAUGUCAGACAGGAACGGUCAUUUUUAUUGGAUAUGA